AUGAGCACUGCCGAGAACUACCCCUUAUGGUCAUUCAAAACUUUUACGGCGAUCGUCAACGGUCUCCAGAGCCUAGGCAGAAAGGUCGAUGACCAGACAGCCAAUAUGGAAAAGUUUGAAGGAAGGCUCCUCGCCAUCGGAGGAGAACCCAACAACGCUACUGUCCCCAAGGCAGGUCACCAGUACACCGAGUUUCGCUGCCCACACUGUCCACCGGGUGCCACGAAGAUGUUCAAAUACGGAAAACCUUGGGAAGAUCAUUUCAUCAAGGACCAUCUUGAGUUCUACACUCCAGUUGAGGGCAGUGGCUACAAUUGCUGGGACUGCGGUGUCCAUUUCCGCACCAGUAAGAAGCUAGCGGAGCACAUGUGGAAGUUCCAUGUCAAAACAGCCCAGAAAUAG